UUUGCAAAAAAAGUACCAGUUCUAAAGGAUGACAACGUUAGCGCGACGCUGCUGGCGCAAUCUACUCACCACCGGGCGCAUUCUGCAACAACAAGGCGCGCUCUUACGUCACAUUAGCGCCACACUGCGCGCAAAGGAUCAAAUGCUGCUGAUCAAGGAGCAGCCACAGCAGCCGAAUUCCAUGAUAUUCCCUGGCAUUUGGUUGCGUGACAAUUGUCAGUGUGCGCAGUGUUUCCAUCGCGAUUCGCUGAGUCGCAAGCCGUUACGUUGGAAUAAUUUCGAUACGAAAGUGAAAGUUCGGCAAGUAAUGGUGGACGAACCACGUCAGCUAGUAAAAAUUAUUUGGUCCGAUGAACAUUGCUCGAGCUUUGCGCUGAACUGGUUGAAAGAUCGUGACUUUUCGCUUAAAACUCGUGAGCAAUACUUAAGUGAGUGGUAUCGACCGGAGUCGAGACAUUGGGGCAAGGAUGAUUUUGUUAACAUAUUGAAGAAGUUUGAUUACUGGGAUGUGAUGCGGAGUGAUGCAGUGCUCAUGGAAUGGCUGGAGACCUUGGCGGUGCAUGGAAUCGCAAUGCUCAAGAAUUCACCAUUGGAUAUCGGCGUGGUAAAGUCAUUGGCCAAUCGAAUCGGUUUCAUACGCAAAACAACUUACGGUGAGGAAUUCAGCGUACGUUCACGCCCAGGCGCCAAGAAUUACUCCUACCUCUCUGAGCCACUGCCACUACACACCGAUCUGCCUUACUAUGAGUAUAAACCCAGCGUCACGCUGUUGCACACGCUCGAGCAAUCGCGUUCCAAAGGCGGCUGGAAUCAGCUAGUGGACGCCUUCAACAUUGCCGAUCAGUUGCGCGUCAAUCAUCCACAGCAUUUCGAAACGCUCGCACAGACACUUGUCAAUUGGUGUGACAUCGGCAUAGACGCUGAUAAGUCCUUCCAUAAUAUGUGGCGCGCGCCAGUUAUUAACUUGGAUGCAGAUGGCAAAUAUACGCGCAUCAAUCACAGCGUACCUCAACGUGACAGCCACUUCAGCAUCGAUGUCGAUAAGGUGGUGCCCUGGUACGAGGCUAACGCCACAUUCGUACGCAUGGCUCACGAGCAAUCGGUCACCUUUAAAACGGAACCGGGCGACGUGUUGUCCUUCAACAAUCUACGCAUGCUGCACGGUCGCACCGGCUACGAUGACACCGAACGAAAUGUGCGUCACAUUGUUGGCGGCUUCGUUGACUGGGAUAUCGUUUACUCGAAGAUGCGUGUGCUGAAGCGUGCGGCGAUGUCGUGCGAGACGGCGGAGGACAUGGUGAUGCGUGCGUGAAACAAUGGACGGGGCGGUGGGUGUGUUGCGAAUUGCCUUUGCUUAUUUUAGUAUUAAGUUUCUGUGGAUUUAAGUUAAAUCGUUGAGGCGAAAAUAAAUUGCGUUGUUGUUGGUGUAAA